AUGAAUAGAGAUAACAAUCCGGGUGGGUUUGGUUUACCAAAAACGAGAGCAUGUUAUACACAAACAAAAACGAUUAGCAAGAUAGAGUCAACACGCCAGGCUCUCAACGCUGCUGCGAGCAUUAAAGGAAAGGAUUGUAGCCAUUCCGAAAACUCUCCAGUUAAAUUAAGGUUUGACGAGAAGCUUGUACAAGAUCUCAGCUGAUGCUUACAAGAGUGAAAUUGUGAUCCUUUUGACGAGCAACACAAGGACCUUCAAUCACUUGAAUCUGGAUUGCUUGCAUCCCCAAGUCUUGUUGAAGAUUUCUCAAGUACAUACAAAGAAGGUGAAAAACAAGUCAAAUAUUUUUUGAAAGAAAGAAUUUUCUCAACAGAAAGGCCAGUAUCAGAUAAAAUGAAGAAAAAUGGUCUUUGCAAUUUCAUCACACAAGAGAAACCAAAAGGCACAGCCUCUGCAAACCAAAUGAAAGCCAGUGUGAUGGAAAAUAAAGCAAUGGCGGAACUGGUCACGACCUCACGGUCGCUGUCACGUCACGCAUCAACAUUUCAUUUCAUCAAUGACCGCUAUGAUGUCUCAAAUUCGAUCAAAGAUAUUAAGCAUCAAAUAAAUGCGACCAACCUGCACCGAAAGCCCAAGCCUUCAAUAGCUUCUUUGUCAACAAAGGAAAUAAACUGCGUCUUCAAGAAUUUCUGUGGAAAGAGUUCAAGUCAUUAG